AUGGCGUCCUACACCUCCAUCGUACGGUCGAUGCUGCGCUCCCCACCAUCCUCCUCAUCACCCCCGUGGGAUCCAAACACAUCCAUGCCCCUACUCACAGACCGGAUUGUCAUCCUAACCGGUCCAACAUCCGGAAUCGGCUACGAGACGCUACGACAACUCAUCCUCUCCGGGGCGCACGUCUAUCUCUUCGGUCGCUCGCUCGAGCGAUUAGCGCACACGCGCGAUACACUUUCGACCGAAUGCGCCACAGCUCUGUCGUCGAUUCCGACCGGAUCGAUUCGACACGGCGCCUCACCGGGAAGGAUGACAUUGAUACAGUGCGACCUAUCCGAUCUGGCCUCUGUCAAGAGGGGGGUGGAGGAGUUUCUGACGAAACAAGACCGGGUCGAUCUCAUCUUUGGCAACGCAGGCGUUAUGGUGGGCGGCAAAACCGUGCAAGGGUACGAGCAGAUGUGGGGAACAAACGUGCUCGGUCAUCAUGCGUUGUUGCGACUCUUGCUACCGGCACUACGUCGGUCGGAGGCGCAACCGAGAGUGGUCUUGACAGCAUCGGAUACACAUCGAUGGGUGGACAAGCCACAACACCUCACGCUCAACGACGAUGCGACAAAUCCCGCUCUCGGCCACAUCCAUCUCUACGGCCGGUCGAAAUUGGGGAAUGUCUACACCACGAGCUAUCUAGCAAGUCUGUCGGAUCGGGAGGGAUGGGGUUUGACAGUAUGCUCGGUCCAUCCAGGAGGGGUCAAGAGUCAACUCGGAUCGAGCAACCGCCUCCUCACCAGCUUUAAAAACCUCUUUCUCGUACCGGCAACACUCGGCGCAGUCACCCAGCUGUGGGGCGGAACAGGCGCACCGAAGGACGAGGUGCACGGCAAAUACCUCGUCCCCUACGCAAGGGUGGGAGAGGAAAGCAAGCUGGCCAAGGACGAAAAGGUACGAGAGGAGGUGUGGAGGUGGUGUGAGGCGCAGUGUGUGCGGCAUGGGUUGGUGAGGGAGGACGAGGUGAUUGCGUGA